ACAAAGUGAAGUAAUGUUCCCCUGUCUCAAAUUAAAACAUUUAGAAGAGCGUCUCCAGUGUAUUUCCGAAUUUGAAAAGCCUAAACUGUUGUUAGAACAGUACGUUACACCAUCCCAUUUAGGAUCCCAUAUGUUGUACACGAUUCAGUCGCAAUACGGUGAUAUAACUGGUAAAGUAGUUGCUGAUCUUGGAAGUGGUUGUGGUGCUCUCUCUAUAGGUGCUGCAGUUUUACACGCAGCAUUAGUUGAAGGUUUUGAGAUAGACUCUGAUGCUCUUGAUAUAUUUUCGGAAAAUGUCGAUGAUCAUGAACUUACUAAUGUAGAUGCAGUGCAGUGUGAUGUUUUAAAGGAUAUACCUAAUCGAUUUGUUAAAGUAUUUGACACAGUUUUGAUGAACCCUCCGUUUGGAACCAAACACAAUGCCGGGACCGAUAUGAAGUUCUUGGAAGCAGCGAUUAAGUUGUCAAAUAAUGCGGUGUAUUCUCUUCAUAAAACUGCUACAAGGCAACACGUUUUAAAACACGCUGAAUCCUUGGGGGCCAAAGGAGAAGUUUUAGCAGAAUUGCGAUACGACUUACCUUCCUCAUACAAAUUUCACAAGAAGGAUUCAGUAGAUAUACAAGUAGAUUUUUAUAGGUUCUUAGUAUAGGACGUAUUACC